AUGCUCGAGUUUCAAGCGCAUUCCGUACAGUUGGAAAAAACUGGACAAGCAGCGGGCGGAACCAUGAGCAGCUCUUUGGUAGAGAGUCCUCGCACCUUUGGGGACAUGAUGCGAAUGCCUGUGCGCUUCUACAAGACCAUUGGCCAGGACAUCUAUGCGCAUCGCUCAACGAAUCGAUUGACCUCGCUGCUGCUCAAGAUCUACCUGUACGCAGGCUUCAUCAACUUCAAUUUGCUGGUCUGCGGCGAGCUAAUCUUCUUUUACAAGUCGAUUCAGGACUUCGAGACGGUUCGCCUGGCGAUUGCUGUUGCGCCCUGCAUCGGCUUCUCCCUGGUCGCGGACUGCAAACAGGUCACCAUGGCGAUGUACAAGAACACGCUGAUACGGCUGCUCGACGAGCUGGAGGAGAUGCAUCCGAAGACCCUGCUGGCACAGCAGGCCUACAAAAUGGCCGACUUUGAGCGCACCAUGAAGCGUGUCAUCAGCAUAUUUACCUUCCUCUGUCUGGCAUACACGACCACGUUUACCUUGUAUCCGGCAGUUAAGGCCACGGUCAAGUACAAUUUCCUGGGCUACGAGACCUUCGACCGGAACUUUGGCUUUCUCAUCUGGUUUCCCUUCGAUGCGACCACUAAGAACUGGGUUUAUUGGAUUACCUACUGGGACAUUGCCCAUGGCGCCUACUUGGCCGGCAUUGCGUUUCUCUGCGCGGAUCUUCUGCUAGUUGUAGUCAUCACGCAGCUGUGCAUGCACUUCAGCUACAUAGCCUCGCGCCUUGAAGCACAUCCUUGCGAUUCGGACCGGGAUGAGGAAAAUGUACGCUUCUUGAGUGGCUUGAUCAAGUAUCAUGAUAAGUGUUUGACACUCUGUGAGCACGUCAAUAGCAUGUAUAGCUUCUCACUGCUGCUGAACUUUCUGAUGGCCUCCAUGCAGAUCUGCUUCAUCGCUUUCCAAGUGACCGAGUCGACGAUUGAGGUUAUUCUGAUAUAUUGCAUAUUCCUGAUGACAUCCAUGGUGCAGGUGUUCCUAGUGUGCUACUACGGAGAUGCCUUGAUAGCAGCCAGUCUGCGUGUGGGCGAUGCGGCCUACAACCAAAACUGGUUUCAGUGCAGCAGAAGGUAUUGCAUCAUGAUCAAGCUGAUGAUUCUGCGCAGCCAGAAGCCAGCGAUGAUAAAGCCACCCACAUUCCCACCUAUUUCCCUGGUGACAUAUAUGAAGGUGAUCAGCAUGUCGUAUCAAUUCUUUGCCUUGCUCAAAACAACCUAUUACAGAGACUAAGCUGACUCCCAGUCGCAGA